AUGUUCUGGCCUAAUGGAACAAUACCGUUUUACAUUAAACCUGAUCACUUUGACAAGGAACAGUCUGUGGCUAUUAUGACAGCGCUUUCCAUAUUCGCGUUUAAAACAUGCCUCAAGUUCAUGCCGGUUCUGGAGCCGCCAAAUGGCAAUGUAAGAGUUAUGACCUUCGUCAAUCCUAAUGGUCACAGGAGAUGCCAGAUUGAUACAAAAGGAAGUUCAGUUUACGAAAAUUUUAAAGUCACCUUAGGUUAUGACUGCCUGAAAUCGCCGCAGAUUGAUAUGAUGAUCAUGAAAGCGCUGGGCUUCCCUUUCGAACACAAUAGGCUUUGCAGAGAUCUUUACAUCAAUGUAAUGAUGGAGAACGUUGAACCUGGGGCCUUCAGCACCGGAUGGAUUUCUGGGUAUGCGAUCCCGGCCUCUGCUCGACCUACUACAGCCUCAGUCCGCAGUCCUGCUUCCCAUCCAAGACUAGCAGAACCCCUAACUCAACCGUCCACGCCUCAUCCGUUCCUCUCGUCUUGUCCAAUAUACCUCGCUCUUUUAACCGCCUGA